AGUUAGUAAAUAAUGUCUCAUUUCCGGGACUUGAUCAACAAAUUGAAAAUGAAUUGAAUUUCCAUAAUAUAGCAAAUUUGAGAUUCAUAUAGUGUCUUUCAACGUCAGAACUUAUUAAUUCACUCAGGGAUAUUGAAAAUGAAAAGCACAUGGAUUUACAUCCUAUUCCAGAGCUUGGUUUGCGUAUAUCACACAGAACAGAAAUCCUUAGAUACAUAUAUAAAACAUUAUGAAGAGUUAGAUUACAGUACUUCAGAGCUACAUCAAUCACAUCUACGGACGAAACGAUCUUUAAGUGAUAAAAAGUUGAGAUUUAAAUUUAGUGCGUUUAAAAGAGAUUUUAAUUUAGUAUUAGAGCCAGACAAAUUAGUGUUUACAAAAGAUGCAUGGUUAGACAAGCAUGGUCCAUUAGAUACAUCACAUAUAUACAGGGGAACAGAAGAGGGAUCGGGAGGCAGCAGUGUAUUUGGUUACAUUGUCGAUGGACAUUUCCGUGGAACCAUCAGAAUUCCACAGGACACUACAUAUCAUAUAGAACCAGUAAAACGAUUUAUUGGUAGAGUCAAGGAGCUUCCUAAAUCACAUACUAUUAUAUAUAAGGAGGAGCACAUAGAUUUAGAUCCACACAGGUUAAGAAGAGAAGCAGAAAAUGCAAUUGCUUCUUGUGGAAAUGGUAACAGGCAGGUUCAUGAAUGGAUGGAAACUGUUGCCAAUUCAGCUGACACAGAAAACUACAGAGUCAGGAGGUCCUACUCUGAAGAUAAAGAGGCAUUUUCAUACCAUAACAAAUAUUCUGAAGCUCUGAACAGAGAGAAGCGUGGAACACUUGUUGAUAAAAAUGCAUGUUUUCUGUUCAUGCAGGCAGAUCCAAAAUUAUACAACAAGGUUUAUUCAGCUUAUAAAAAGGACGUGUUAGCUAAAGAAGAUAUUGUAGGAACCUUUGCCUCCCAUGUUGAUGCCAUUAACACCAUCUACUCAAACACAGUGUUUAAAACAUUUGAUAACUCGAUAAACUACUCAGGAGUCAGAUUUAAAAUCCAGAGAACUAAAAUAAUGACACCCACAUCAGAAGGGUGUUCAUCAUCCCAACCAAAAACCCUGUGUAGUGACAACAUCGAUGUCAGUAACUUCCUGAAUGAGAACUCACUUAUAAAUCAUUCUGCUUUUUGUUUGGCAUACAUCUUUACAUACAGAGACUUUACACAGGGAACGCUGGGGCUUGCUUGGGUUGGAUCUUCUGGACAGGCCUCUGGAGGUAUAUGUGAGAAGUACAAGUCUUUCCCAGAAGGUGGUAAACAAGUAAUGAAGUCACUGAACACUGGUAUUGUGACUCUGGUGAAUUAUGGUGAUGAUGUAGCUCCACGUGUAUCUCAGCUGACAUUUGCACAUGAAGUUGGACAUAAUUUUGGAUCACCUCAUGACAGUGGGCAGCAAUGUGCCCCUUAUGGUACCGGUGCAUCAGAUGCUAGCCAAGGAAACUACAUCAUGUAUGCUUCAGCUACGAAAGGGAACCAGCCACAUAACGAUGAAUUCUCACCUUGUAGUAAAGACAACAUGACAAGAGUAAUGGAUGCUGUGUUUAAUGGCAGAUAUGGGAAAGUCAACUGCUUCCAAAAUGACAAUGCUGCAUUCUGUGGUAACAGUAUUGUUGAAGCUGGAGAGGAGUGUGACUGUGGUUAUAAGGAAGAUUGUACUGAUGGUUGUUGUGCUGGACGAGAUUCUAAUGGCGACGGAUGUACACUUACAUCAGGGUCAAGUUGCAGUCCUUCCCAAGGAGGUUGCUGUGAUCCAGUUACCUGUGCACCAGUCACAGAUGGUCGUCAGUGUAGACCACAAACAGACUGUGCAGCUGCAUCAAACUGUGCUGGCCAGGCAACAUGUCCAAAUUCUACAGCCGUACCAGACUAUAUAACUUACUGCAAUGACUACAGUAAAGUUUGUGUUCAAGGGAUAUGUACUGGUUCCUUGUGUUCAAAGGUAGAUUAUACUGCCAAGGGCAACAAAGUAACCUGGGUAGAAUGUUUUGUGGAGGCCCCUGGUGAUACUGUUGCUGACAAGGAAACACAAUGUCUGCUGGGUUGUAAAUUGAACAAUUCAAAUACAUGUUACAGUUCAGCAAAUGAUGCAGGUGCUAAACCUUCACCUUUUACCGAUUUAUUGAAUGAAAUAAAAACGAAUAAAGGCGAUCAAAAUUAUAAAGUGGAACUACCAGCAGGAUCACCUUGUAACAAAUACCAAGGAUAUUGUGAUGUAUUUAAACGUUGCAGAGGAGUUGAUGCAGAGGGUCCACUGUCAAGAUUAAAGAAUCUAUUAUUUAGUUCUGAAACAUUCACAAACAUAAAAGAUUGGAUAACUGAAUAUUGGUGGGCAGUAAUACUUAUUGCUAUAGGACUUAUAUUAUUUAUGGGACUCUUUAUAAAAGUUUGUGCAGUACACACACCAAGUAGUAAUCCAAAGGCGCCACCAGCACAGAACUGGGGUGACACACUACGGAGGAGACGAUCACAUCCACGUAGCAGACAACAACAACAACAUUCUGGUUAUAGUCAGGAACCUCUACGACAACAAUCUCCCAUGGGACCCCCUCCACCAUAUUCAUCAUCAGCCUCAUCUAGCAAGCCUCAUCCUAAACAUGGCAAAGGUCAUAGGGGCAAAAGUCCAGGCAAGAGUCCAGGCAAAAAGGGAAAAGAUGCAAGAGUAUAGUGCCGUAGCAAAAUGAUAUUUCUUUUAGCCAUUUGUAACAAAACGUUGUCAUUCAUAUUAAUAGUAAUGAAUAUUCAUGUGAUAGCGUUAUGUGGUUAUGAAUAUUCAUAUUAUUAUUAUUGUUACAGUAUAGCAUUGAUAAUUAUAAUUGAAUUCCAAAUCUUGAAAAAUUUUUACUUAGGUUUUACAGAAAAGAAUUCUACAAUUCCAAACUGGUUUUUUAAAUUCUCUAUUCUGUCUUUUAAAUUUGAACUGCAUCGGAUAGAAAUCGACCUUAUGCAAAUGAAUCCCAAUACAUCUGUUAACCUAUUUCGGUUUGAAAAAAUCUCUAUGCAAAGUCUGUAAAUGUUUGAAAAUUGUGUUGUUAUAAAAACCCUACAAAACAGAAAAAUUCAUCUUUUAUUUCGUAUUUGAAUGUUCCAAAAUCAAUCAACGUCUUAUACAUGUAUGUGUAUUUGUGCACUUGUAAAAGGUCGAUUUCUAAUUGAUGCAUCUCAUUUCAAUAAAUAUCAGUAUUGCUUAAUUCAGACACUGCACUUUAGUAUCAGUAGAAACCUUUUAAGGAUGUUCGCUACUCUGUUUCAAAAUAACAAGCUUUUUUAAAGACUGUUAUAAAUUGAUAGUAUAUAAAUAAAGGAACUGAAAAAGCAGAAAAAAAUGUAGGGUCUGUGUGCUUAUUUUAGAGAUAUAAGCCAUUGAAAUUUUGGCGGGAAAUAAUUCUCUCUAGACUUUUCUUACUUUUAACAUUGGCACCCUUUUUCUUUCAAAAAUUAUGAAAAAAUUACAAGGAUUUUAUAGGAUUUUCAAAUAUGGCUUUUUAAACUAUUAGUAAUAAAAUUAUAAAAAGAAAAGUAGGGGUUAGCGGGGAAAAUUUUUUAAUGACACUACAUGGAUAAAACCAGAGGAUUCCGAAUAUCUGACAAAAAUUCUAAAACAAGAGGAGCGAACAUCCCUAAGGAAUAGUGCUAUUAUUGCUGUUCUUCAUCACAAAGUCAAUAAAUUACACUUGUCUGGAAAUCAGGACACUAAGGGCACAAAUCAUGAUGUAAUUAAGGGGUACAGAACACCCAAGGGAGUUAACUCUUUAUAAAUGAGCUGAACAGUUUAAUCAAGAGAAAUCAAGCGUCUCCAUGAUCAAAAUUAGUGUUUUUCAACUGCUAUAUAUCCAAUGAAAUUAUGCCUGUAAAUUGUGUGGUUCAAAUUUCUUGACAUUUUUAUAUUUUUGUCAACAGGUCAAGGUAAAUAUUUUUUUCAAAAUUUUAUAAAAAUUAAACGAGCAAAAUCUAUUUUAGUGAAAAUGUUGGGUACCCUCUUAAGUUUGUGGCAUAGCAUGCUAAAACAAUUAUUUAUUCAUGGAGACAAAUCGUUUCCAAUAUCAAUAAAUUACAUCUGUAUUCUAAAACUUAAAUGUAAAGAACAUUGAUAUUUGAAAUAUUGACUUAAUUUUGCAAUGUGUUUUUGACCAUAUAAAGAUUUACAUUGUUUAGAAGAUGCCUGCUUACAAGUGCUUUUAGCCUUUGAAUAAACUAAUAUGAUGAAUUAUUAUUAUAAAUUGUAUAAAGUAUUUACCUGAUUUUAUCUUUCUUAGAGCCUAAAGUGUGUUUAUCUAUUGGAAACAGAUUAAAAGAACUUCUGGUUAGUGCCCUGAUUGAUCGUAUUGCAAUUUCUUUUUUGUAACGUGUAGGAUGGGGGUGUGGCAGGUCCACCUUUAAUGACAUGUUUAAAGCAACCCCCACCUUGAAUAUAAUGAAAAUAUAGCGUAAAUAUUAAGAUGUGAGCAUAAUUAAUAUCAAUGAGGUUAUUGUUAUUUUAUGAAAUAUGUUUUGGAUGAUGAUUAUGUGUGGUUAGAGAAUUGAUUGAUCUUGAGAUUAUAUUGUAUUGUAAUGUAUCAGAAAUGUCAAACCAAAUUCAUCUUAAGGAUGUUGGCUCGUCUGUUUCAAUGUAACAAGCUUUUUAAAAGACUGUAAUAAAUUGAUAGUACACAUGUAUAUAAAUAAAGGAACUGAAAAAAAAUGAAAAAAAUGAAAGGUUUGUGUCCUUGUUUUUGAGAUAAAAUCAAUAGAAAAUUUGGCGGGAAAUUACUCUCUCUAUAUUUUUCAUAAAUUUAACAUUGGCACCUUUUUUCUUUCAAAAACUAUGAAAAAUAACAAGGAUUUUGUAAGGUUUUCAAAAAUGGCUUUAAAAAGGCUAUAUUUAAUAAAAUUAUGAAAAGAAGAGUAGGGCUUAGCAGGCAAAAUUUUUAUUGGGACUACAUGGAUAAAACUAGAUGAUUUUGAAUAUUUGACAAAAACAAAGGAGUAGCGAACAUCCUUUAUCCAUUAGAAAUUUCAUCUUAAAAAGUGCAAUGUGAUUCCAGAUUUAUUGUUAGUACACAUUUUUGUAAAAAUACUUUAUUCUUUCAGGUUCUUAUGGACAUUUUUAACAAUAUAUUAUUUUGUAAAUUAUCUUUUUCCCUCUUUUUAUUAGAUAUAUGUUUAUUAGCUAUUAAAGAUUGAGUCUAUUCCAUUACAAUGAACAAACAUUUACAGCUUUUGUCUUAACAUUUUAUAUAACCCGGGUCCGUAGGUGACCUGUUGCAAGGCUAAAUUUCUGUCCCUAUCCAAUAUACCCUCAUUUCCUGUGGCAGUCUAAAUUUCUCUGACCUUCAUCCUGGACGGCCUCUAUUACUGAACCUACCUAUUGUAUUUAUUGUUAAUUUGUUCUCGUCCUGAACAUGCAUGAAAUAUUUGCCACUGGACGUUAAGCAACCAACAAUCAAUCAAUUUUAUAUAACCCAAUUAAGAUAAGCAUAGAAAGAUUUUACUAUACAAAUUCCUGAAUAAACCAAUUAAACAUUUUUUUAUUAAAAGUAUUUCAUUGGAAGAUAAAGUAGUACGUUUGUAUCAGCUUAGUUUUUCGAGUACACUAUUCAUAUCUUUUAUUUACUAACAAAAUCUUGGUUGAAAGAAACAUGAUAUAUGACUUAAUUUAUGAUAAAGACCAUUCAGUGUCUGAACUUUUUUCCAUAAGAAGAAUAUUUUGAUACUUUGUCAUUAUAGUCGUUCAUUUAGAUAUACUUUUGUCCAUUUAUCUUUCCUUUCUUUAUACUUGAUUGAUAGAAACUUUCUUUCACAAUGCCAUUAUGCAUUCCCUGUUACAUUUUUUUUAGUUUUACGAAACAGUGACUUUGCUAUAUUUAAACAAAUGGGAUAAGCCAUAGAAGCAUGUAGGAUUUGUUCAAGAAUAUUUUUAGUUUGGAUGAAAAUCUUAUGUUAUGAUUAGUUUAUUGACAGAUAAUAGGGAAUUUUACAAAGCAGAGAUAAGAGGGGCCUGAUGGGUUAUUUUCGUUCUUCGUGAUCGGCGCAUUUUCGCUAUCGUGAUCCGUUUUUCUACAGAUUUAUUUUUUUUUUUAUAUUUUCGUGAUCCGUGAUCAUGGAAAUUUAUUUUGUGUGAAUCAUGAUUGACAAAAAAAUCAACUCGUGAAUCGUGAUGAGACCCCCCCCCCCCCAUCAGGCCCCUCAGGUAAGGGCUAUUCACAUUUACCUUCAAAUUUUGGAAAUAUUUUGUAGUUUUUUUGGGAGAUUUCUGGACCAUUUUUAUAGAAGGCAUAUGGUUAUUUUUCUUUUGAAUGGGGGCAUGAGAAAAACAAUCCCCUCCCCUCCCAGAUAUAUUUAAAGGAAAUAGUCAUUUUUUAUCAUAUAAUAUUCAGAUUUUAUUGUUUUGAUUAUAGAUGUUUGAAUGUUCAUGUUUAUUAUGUGGUUUCAACAAACCUGUUUAGAAAUUUAUUAUGUGGUUUCAACAAAUCUGUUUAGAAAUUUAUAAUGUGGUUUCAACAAAUCUGUUUAGAAAUUUAUUAUGUGGUUUCAACAAAUCUGUUUAGAAAUUUAUUAUGUUGUUUCAACAAAUCUGUUUAGAAAUUUAUUAUGUGGUUUCAACAAACCGGUUUAGAAUUUAUUAUGUGGUUUCAACAAAUCUGUUUAGAAAUUUAUUAUGUGGUUUCAACAAAUCUGUUUAGAAAUUUAUUAUGUGGUUUCAACAAACCGGUUUAGAAUUUAUUAUGUGGUUUCAACAAACCGGUUUAGAAUUUAUUAUGUGGUUUCAACAAACCGGUUUAGAAUUUAUUAUGUGGUUUCAACAAAUUAGUAUUGUUUCUUUAUUGCAUAUUUUUCUUUUAAUGAUCCUAACUAUAAAAUUCCUUGCUUAGCUAAAUGAAAAUAUCUCCUUAUUAAGAGAAAAAUAUUUAUUGAUAUAUUAUUGACUGAUUUAGUUCAUGAAUAUCAAUUAAUAAUUUCAAAGAUUUGUAGAAAAUUAAAACUUUAAGGGUAUUAUAUUUGCAGAACAUUUAUAUUUGUAUUUGGAAAAUGUUGUUAAAAAAAACACAUCUGAACUAAAAUUAACUCAAAAGAAAAUUACUAUCUUCCUGAUGUUUCUAGAGUAAGAAACUUAAAUCUUAGAUGUUUCAUGCAGAUCUGAAUACGAUUAUUGAUGAAUUCCUUUAGUUUUCCUUUUAGUCUUUUACAAAGUUGUAAACAUUGGUGUUCCAUCAUUUGUAAACUCUCUGAUUUAAAGAGCAGAUUUCUCUGCUAAAAAGAUAUCAUUUUGAGAGGGGUAUACUGUCUAUAUUAUUAUUUCAGGGGGGGGGGGGGAGUGAUUAUCUUGAAAAAAAAUAGUUAUUUUGUCAAUAGAAGUUAUUGUUCGCAUCUUCAGUCCAUUCAUUUUAUGCAAACUUUAUUUUUGUAAAUAUUUAACUUUAAUUUUAUAUGUAAUUUUACACAUUUUUCAUAAUAUAUGUGUAUUUUGGGGUUUUAAAUCAUUAAAUUUUGUACAUAACAUGGUCAUAAUAUAAAAUUAAGUAAUUUAUGAAAAUAAAGUAUCAUUUUAUAGA